CGCCAUUCCUACUUUCCUAAUCAUCAUUCAAGGAUGAACCCUUCAGGACUUUCUAUCAACACUAUGGGUACGCUCGAUGACCAGGCAACCUCCGUCCAGGAACCUAUUCCAGUUCGACGCAAUUCACAAAAGCGUCAGUCACUUACAGGACUCAAGUUUCUAAAUGAGUUGCUCGAUGAACUUGACCAUGACCAAGAUACAACGCGAGAUCCUAAUUAUUUCACGAACCCACUCUUAUCAAAACCAGAGCUGGAACCCUCUGUAUCACCUCUCCUCCUACAAGACGAUCUUGCUUUUGAGCAAGUUGGAGACCGGAUAUCAGAGUUUCAGGACGAUGAGUUUGUAAAGCAGGCGCUAGCAAAGGGCAUGGACCUUCGAGAAUAUGCACAUCAUAUUGAAAGUGAGCUGGAUAUUGUAGGCCAGGAUCACGAAGAUGAUUAUAUCCACCAGAGUCAAGCAUUCGUUGAUUUGCACGAUCAGAUCAAAUCGUGUGAUGAGAUCCUAGAAACCAUGGAGAAUCUGCUCAGUAUUUUUCAAACAGACCUAGGAAAUAUCUCCACUGAAAUUCAGACUCUACAGACCAAGUCAGUAACUAUGAGCGUACAGCUCAAGAAUAGGAUGGCAGUCGAAAAUCAUCUCAACGAGUUGCUAGAGGGCAUAAUGGUCACGCCUCAGUUAAUCCGGAAGAUCUACGAUGGCGAGGUGGAUGAAACCUGGUUGAGCGCCCUAUCUGAACUUGAUAGUAAGAUGCGACAUGCCAAAGCAAGACAAGGGCGACACAUCAGAGCUUUAAAAGAGGUCGGCCCAGAGCUAGAAAGAUUGCGCUUUAAGACAGUUGAAAAGAUUCGAGAAUUUCUGUUGUCAAAGAUUAAAUCAUUUAGGGUCCCCAACACCAAUGUACAGAUUAUGCAACACUCUGUUCUUCUCAAGUAUAAAGAAUUAAAUCAGUUUGUUAUGGAACGACACAGUGAAGUAGCAGCAGAAAUCAGACAGACUUAUGCCAAUACAUUGCGCUGGUAUUUUUCAAACCAGUUUGAGACUUAUGCCUCAAGCCUCGAAAAACUUCAGUGCAUAGUUGGUGAUAAAUACGAAAUGAUUUGCACAGAUGAAAGCGCACGCAAAGGUCUUUUCGGCACAUCAAAGGCUCCCCAUCGGAAGACGAAUGUGUUUGCAAUGGGCUCACGUAUCGAUACUCUUAAGAACCAGGAUGCAGGAUUGAUUUUGAUUCAUGUUGCUAACGAGGAGAAUUUGAAAUAUCCCUAUGAAGUAUUAUUCCGUAGUUUCAACUUGGCGCUCAUAGACAAUGCUAGUUCGGAGUAUCUCUUCUUAGUUGAAUACUUCUCUAAAAGAUCGCAAGCAGACAUCGAGGGCAUUAAAGCAGUGUUUACACAUAUCUUUGAUCCGACUUUAAAACUAGGGCUCGCAAAUAUAAAAGAAUACGCGGACUCCAGCUACGAUGCACUCGGCAUUUUACUCUGCUUGAGAAUUAACCGUCAGCUUGCCAAGGAGUUAGAAAGGAGGAAGAUCCCAAUGCUCGACAAGUACGGUGAUGCAAUUCAUAUGAUAUUGUGGCCGCGUUUUCAAACCGUAAUUGAUAUGCACAUCGACAGUGUACGCAAAGCAAAGACUAGAGUUAAGCCCAAGAAUGUACAUCCGCAUUGGAUUGCACGGAGAUAUGGAGAGUUUGUGGGCUCACUCCUGCUGCUGAACGAUGAACAAACGGAUGUGAUGCCAAGACUAGCGUUGUUAAGAUUGGAAAUGAGCUCCUUGUUUGAUAUUAUGUCAAAAACUUUCACAGAUACCAAAAGCCGUCUUGUAUUUUUAAUUAACACAUUUGAUCUAGUGCUUACACUCCUAGCAGAUGUCCGUACGAAUGAAGUCGAGGUUGAAAACGAGCACUGGAGGCAAGCUUUGCAGCAAACAGUUGCACUUUUUGUGGAGGAAGAGCUAAAGCCCUAUUUUGGCGACUUAAUCUCCUUCAUCCGCAUGGUUGACAUAGCUGGUGGUGUUUCCAAAGUUCAACUUGAUCACUUUGAGCGGACCUCAUACUCAUUCAGUAACUCCUGGCGUCAAUCACUCCUCGCUAUCAAUACAAGUGUCAUCCAGCAUUUCUCAAGUUUCAAGAAUGGUACACUGGUCUUGCAUCAAGUCCUGGCUCAGUUGCUUGUAUAUUAUACUCGCUUCCAUAGUCUACUCGACGAGAAGCUGCGGGAGCUAGGCGCCUCAGGCUCAUCAUCUAGUACAAACGCUGUCAUUAGUACACGAGGAUGGUCUCAUCAACCAGUAGGGGUUCAGACAGUCAUGGUUGAAGUCAAAAAAUUUAGAUCUAACUUUUUACCAUAAAAACGCUAUCCAUGUUGUGAAAGCGUAGGUUCUAAGUGGAUGG